UAUUAUUUUUCUUGUAAACAAAAAUAAAAAUGUAAACAAUUUUUCACAAAGCUUUUGAUUUCCAACAAAUUACAUAUAAAAUGAGUUGCAAUUAUGCAGAAGGACUGUCAGCGUAUGAAAAUAAAGGAGUUCUUGGCAUUCCGGAAAAUUUCGACAGCGAAGAAAGUGUUACCCAAAAAUGCAAGGAGUUGGCUAAUUUAAUACAAGAGUCUAAACAUGUUGUACUGCACACGGGGGCAGGAAUAAGCACAUCGGCUGGUAUUCCUGAUUUUAGGGGACCCAAGGGCGUCUGGACACUUGAACAAAAGGGCGAGAAGCCAACAUUUAAUACAUCUUUUGAUGAAGCGAAGCCUACUAAGUCUCAUAUGGCGCUACGAUCCCUAGUUGAGCAUGGGUAUAUACAAUAUAUAGUUUCGCAAAACAUUGAUGGAUUGCAUUUAAAAUCUGGACUAGAUAGAAAGUUCUUGGCCGAGUUGCACGGUAAUAUGUUUAUAGAGCAAUGUCAAAAGUGUCGACGACAGUUCGUUCGAGCAACAGCUGUGGAGACAGUGGGUCAAAAGCAAUUGGGGCUUCCAUGCAAAUCCGCCGAGCUUGGCAAUAGUCGUAGGUGCCGGGGUGGAAUUAUGCAUGACACCGUUCUGGAUUGGGAAGAUAAUCUCCCGGAGCGUGACUUAGACAUGGCAUUUAUGCAUUCCACCAUAGCCGACUUAAAUAUAACUCUGGGAACCACGCUUCAAAUUGUCCCAAGCGGCAAUUUACCUCUUAAAAAUCUCAAACACGAUGGCAAACUUGUUAUAUGUAACCUGCAACCCACAAAACACGACAAGAAAGCACAUCUCGUUAUUUCCAGUUAUAUUGAUGAAAUAUUGACAAAAGUCUGCAAACGUCUAGGUAUUGAAAUUCCAGAGUACUCGGAAGAAAGCGAUCCUACAAAGCAAUCUGACAGUUCAGAAUGGACAUUGUCUCAGGAAUAUGUAAAAGGAUUGGAUAAGCAAUUUAAGGAUUUCCAAAAAAGUAAAUCGAAAAGCCGCGAAAAAUUUAUACCGUUAAUUAAAGAAAAAAUAUUAAAAAAGCGAAAAAGAAGUGAAUAA